UCUUUUCGGGUAUGAGAAAAUUCUCUAGAAUUAAGAGGGAACCUGUGGACUAGUCAUCUUACCACGGUCCAAUCCGGAUAUGCCACCUAUCACGCAUCCUUUCUCUCUCUCUCGCUCUCAGGAACUCUCCAUAUACUCAGCCACCAUAGAGAACACUGGUGAAGUGGUUCUGAUUCAUAUUUUGAUUCUCGCAUUGGCUUGGCCCUCUCUUUUCCUAAUCUAUAUAUACAUCUAUAUAUACAUUUAUCUUUUCUCUUACUUCUCCUCAAAGAAACGAAGCUAGUAAAUGUUUUCCCGCUUUUCUCAGCCGUGAUUCUCUAGAAUCCCUCCUUUCCUCAACUGGGUCUUGCUUUGUCCACCUUCGCCGACCCUCUUGCUCUUGGAUUGGGUCCUUCAUGUUUCAGCCUCCUUUUUGGUAAUUUUUCUAAAAUUUUACUUAUUUAAGCCAAAGGUUGCUAUCAGAGUGCUAUAAAGGCCUCACCUUUGAGCUUAUUUGCGCUUAAUUUCUUUGAAAGCCUCCACUUCUCUGAUACAAAUUCCGAAAUUUCCUCUGGGUUUUACCUCUCUCCUUCUAGGAUUACACCUUCAGGAACCAAAUCAGAUUUCUCAGGUUUUUCUAAGAUUCUCUUCGAUUCCCAAAAGUGGGUCUUUUUAAGAUUCUUUAGUUUAUGCUAUUAAGAAAAGGAGAUUCUUGAUUCCCAGUAAAAGAUUCUGAAUUGAUUGCCUUUUUAAGCCAUUGUAAGACUUCAAAAUCUCUCUGCCUCUGCUCUCUGUUUCUCAGUCUCCCAUCGCUUCUGAAACUUGAAGCUUUACGUCAAUAACUUUGACAUGAACUUUUAAGCAGUUAUUGCAGAUAUUAGGACUUGUAAGCAUGGAGACUUUGUAUCCAGCUUCAUAUAUGGCUGAUUCUAACUGGUUCAUCCAAGACAGCCAGAGCUCAGAAUGGACUAAAGAAGAGAACAAGAAGUUUGAGAGUGCUCUGGCUAUGUUUGAUGAGAAAACGCCUGACAGGUGGCUGAAGGUGGCUUCAAUGAUACCGGGGAAGACGGUUAUCGAUGUGAUCAAGCAGUAUCAGGAGCUGGAAGAAGAUGUUAGUGAAAUAGAAUCUGGGAGGUUUCCAAUUCCAGGGUACCUUACAUCUUCUUUCACAUUGGACUUGGGAGAUGAUCGAAAUUUUGAUGCUAAUAGAAAGAGGCCUUCUGCAGCUCGAGGUUCUGAUCAGGAAAGGAAGAAGGGAAUUCCAUGGACAGAAGAGGAGCACAGGCGGUUUCUGAUGGGACUUCUAAAAUAUGGGAAAGGGGACUGGAGAAAUAUUUCCAGGAAUUUUGUAAUCUCUAAAACUCCCACACAAGUGGCAAGCCAUGCUCAAAAAUACUUUAUGAGGCAGCACUCAGGAGGGAAGGAUAAAAGAAGACCAAGCAUCCACGACAUAACGACUGUCAACCUCACAAGCACUACUCCAUCAGAAAAUAAUAGGCCUCCUUUAGACCAGUCUCCACCAGAGCAGAAGUCCACUGAAUCACCAAAAGCAUUACUUGACUGGAAUGCGUGUGAUGAUGGAGGAGCCAUGGUUUUUGGCUCCACUCAUGGCAGUCUUUUCGAGUCGUCUCCGUAUGAUGUAGCUGCAGAAGGGAUUAAGCUACAGUUGCAAAAACUCUACAGCAGUGCUAAUUUUGCUGCUCAUGCCAAACCCCAAAAUUCGAUGUAUCUAAUGCAGACCUCAAGACAUCAGAUACAUGGUUAAAACACCCCCUUUUGUUGUACUCCUGGAUUGAAAAUCCAAGCAAAUGACUUUCUGCAGAAUUUCAAUGUUGGCUCUUUAUCACGGUUGUGUGUGAUUAGCAUAAUAAGGAUUUGAUUUCGUACAUAGUUCUUGAACAUUCCACUAUUAUAAAAUCCCAUAAAGCCUCAAACUGUAAUGUCUGAAUUGUAAAGUUGAAAUGAAUGGUAAAUCUGCUCUUCCCUUCAGGAA